AUYAUUUUGUUUCAAUUUUAAAUAUUGUGCCUUUUUAAAAAGAACAUAUUUCAUGGCCUGUUCGGUAAAUAUAUUUUCAUGCGUCCAAGAUAUCAAUAGAGUACUUUCAGCCCUUUCAGAGCAAACGUCAAAGGGAGAAAAAGAUGAUGACCCGACAAAAAGCGAAGAUGGAUGGGAGUCUCACACAGAUACUUGGGAUUGGAAUGAUGAUUCAGACACCGUGUCACCACUGUGGCUACAAGACUGCUGUAUUUCUCUUUCUCCAGCAAAUGAUAACUUAGCAAUUGCAAAAGAUGACAAAGCUGUGUUUUUGUCAAGCAAAUGGGACAAAUAUGAAAAUGUCGCACCGAAGAACAAAUAUGAAAUUUCAUGGAGUGGCAGUCUUGCUGCAGAGGAAGGAGAGCACAUAACUGAUGUUCUUUGUAUACCAGUGGCCUCCCAACAUAGGAGCUCUCAAGGCAGUCCAGACUGGACUUGUAUUGUAGCUGGGUUCUCGUCAGGAUACAUGAGAAUCUAUCUUCAGAAUGGAUCAUUGAUAUUUUCMCAACUGCUUCAUGAAGACAAAGUCAUUAGGCUAAAAUGUCGCACAUGGGAACCCCAYAGGGAUUAUGGUAAUUCAGAACAUGUUGAAGAGCUUGCUAUUCUAUAUCCCACGGCACUAGUCAUUAUUGAUGGAUUUAGUCUUUACCAGUCUUUAAGAGCAUGUAGAAACCAGCUCGCUAAAGCUCAAGCAAGUGGUCUCUUUGACCAUGCAAAUCCUCCAYYAUUAGCAUACAAGAAAUGGAGAUUUGAUGGGCAGAAGCAAAUCCUUGAUAUUGCUAGUUGUGGUGUGGUCACUCCAAACCUGUUCGACCAGUUACAAACAGCUUCAUUUAUCGGUGGAUACAAUGCAACGAUACGGGGUUCUGCACCAGCUAUGUCACAUUAUGUCACGUCAGGGGCUGAUCCGUUUAUUGCUGUCUAUUCUGCCAUAGAGGGAAGCAGCCCUCCUCUAAUAUCUGACGUUGCUAUAGCAGUGGCCAGUAAGCUUACUUCAGCUGUAUUAUCAAGACUAUCUGCAGCAGGUGGCUGGCUUGGAUGGGGAAGUACACCGACUCAGACAACAGAAGCCAACAAGCCGCCAAAACCCAAGGUAGAAAAAGGCACCAAGUUACCAGCAAGGUAUGGCCUACCAGACUACCGACGGUUAGGUAAUAGUAUCAACUUAUCACCCAAUGGCAAGCUUGCUGUUACUACUGACGAAUUUGGCCGCGUUUUGCUGMUGGAUAUUAAGAAAGGAAUCGCAGUGCGUAUGUGGAAAGGAUAUCGUGAUGCUGAAUGUGGUUGGGUAAUAGUCGAUGAAGACCAUGAUCAUGACGGUGAUAGCCAUUCGCACCAAGCCCACAGAACAGCACUAUUUCUAGUCAUUUAUGCUGCAAAAAGAGGCAUUUUAGAGAUCUGGAGAACUGAGCAGGGUCCACGUGUUGCUGCUUUUAACGUCGGGAAAGAUUGCAGGCUGUUAUAUGCYGGCCAUGGAAUYCUAGGAGUAGGUCAUGUAUAUCGACAAAGCCAGUCUCCACCGCAGCACACCUUAAACUGUACCCUUAUUCAUGGUGAUGGUACUUUGAAGACGUUUGCAGUACCAUUUCACACUGCUUUGAGUGAUAAGCACAGUAAAAGGAUGAGAGACUUGCAUUUGCUAAAGAAACUGACUGCAUUUCUUGAAAACAUUAAAUCAGAUGAUCAAGACGAUUGUAAUCAGACUGUGGACAAUGCAGACAAGCAACUACAAGUCAUCUUGGUUGAUAUUCAGACACCYCAGCUACAACGACGAGGAUUGCAAUGURUACUGGGAACUGUUGGGUUACCUGGAUCUGUAAUGUUAAAGUCUGUUAAUGUAAUCAUCGAAGGAAUUAAUAAACGAGACACAAUCUCACCCGGAAUUGAAGAAAGAGAAGAUGACCACGAAGAUACGGAAAGCUUGUUGAAGUUUUGCAGAAUUCAAAAGAAUUUGCUUCAGACUCAUGCUAGCUUAGUGGAAAUCUUACAARAUGAUAAUGACAGUAUGAUAGGCGAUGACGAGACGCAAAAGAACCAGAACUUGGCAUUGGCACAGCURUUGGGAGUAACCAAAUCAGAAKCUACAGACAUUKUAGAUCUGCUUGAUGACCAUCUUAAAAGUCAACCUGAAAAAYCCAUCACGUCAAAUGUCGAGGYCUCCUCCGCUGAAAUGACUGUCAAUUUGUUUUUGGGGUGUUUUGAGGCAUCAUCCGCUGACCAGMAAAGACAGCAGUCAGUUGAUAAGGAAGAACCAAGUUCGUCGUGUUCAUCUAGURCUGAUUAUGUUUGUUUGAAGAAGGCGUUGUCRRCAGAGAUGAAACUUAGAUUAGCCAACUUCAUUUUUAGGAAAUCAUUGUCAAAUCAAUCGUGCACAGAAUCUCUACGUUUACCACUUGAUUCGUCGGGAAUCAGUCCUCUGCACCUAAUGGACUUGUUGGUAUCCCUGUGGUUAUCGAGUACGAGCCAACCUUGUAAUGAUGUCAAAAGCUUAUUUCCUUUGCACUCUAUUGUGUCCAUAAUUAGCUCUAUCGCAGGUAGUGAAUUCGUCGAUGGUUUAGAAUCUGAGCCCGAUGAUAGCUCUGUGUCACCAUGGUGGGAACACGUGCGUCAGACUCUCGCCCAGUCUACCUCGAUUGCUAMCGCGCUGUCAUUGGCGGCUGUAUGUCGUAGUGUUGCUUUGGGAAUGAGUACUGCAGCAAAGAAAGUGCAGAGCGAAGACAUGGAAGCAGAGAGCAAAGCUUUGGCCGUCGGAGACUGGGUAUCAAUCUCAGUUGAAAUAGAGCGAUGGAACCURUUGAUAUUUCAAUUKGAUGACGUCAUAACAAUUAAGACGUUCGUUAAUCGACUUCCUUUGGUGUUAGGCUGUCAACCAUGUGUCAUGGUUAAGAACGAGAACACUAAUGGAAACGGUACUAGGAACGUAGAAUUGUCAGUAGUCGGUUUGCUGAGUGGUGGAGUUGGAGCUUCAGCUCGAGUUGUUGCGCAAUACUUGGCAUUGUAUGACGUGCCACCUGAAUUACUCGGGCAACCCAGGAAAAUGGAAGUAAAACAAGUCGAGGUAUCGGAGGAGGAAGAAGCCGAGACUGGAGACGAUGACCGACCUGACGAAAUUGAAGUGGAAGUUGUYGACGAGAAACGACUUGAAGGUCUCGAUAAGCUCCAAGCGAAGUUCCCUCAUAGCCUCCAUCAAGAUAUUCUUUGGGCUUCCUGUGCUCUCGAAUGUGUUGCRCAGUGGUCUUGCGAAAAGGAGAAAACCAACAAGYUGUUCUUAGCGAUCGAUCAUAUUAAAUGCAUACACUGCCUUGGAUUAAAGCACGGAGUGGCAUCUAUUCUGUGGAAAAAGCACUUCCGUGAAAAAAUUUCGGCUUUAGUUUUUCUAAUGGAAAAGGUUGGCAAAGCUCCCAAAGAUCGUCUAUGUAGAAAGACCGUGGAUAUUGGGUACUCUUCUCUUGUUGAAUUUCUUAGAGCAGCAAAAGUGAUAUUAGAAUUGAUAUCAAAGAUUGAAAUGUCAGAUGCGGAAGUCUUGGUUUUACGUAGCGAGGAUUUUUGGCAUACUGGGAAAAGCAAUAGAAAGUCCCUAAUUGAGGAUGCCUUGGACCAGCCUACUAGUAAUGUCCCUCUCGUUGAGCUCCACAUUGUAUUAGUGACCAUAAUGUGGAUAAUAAUGGCCCUAGAUAUGAAGAGCGUGCGACCACUGUCACUUUUUGAUAGUACGACGAAAGGAGCAUUUGCGAAGGAUUUAAGCACCAGUCCUCCUCUGUCAGGCUCCUUGAAUGAAUCUAUCUUACAAGCACGGAACAAGUUUUUAACACGGGCACUGUCAAUGUACGUCACAUCCAUGGCAACAGUUGACGGGUCAGCGGACCGUCAAUCAAACAAAGAAACUUCUGAUUGGUCAAUUGUCACAUUGUGGGUUGCCGAGCAACUGGAUGUAGACGUCGACUCGCUGCGUAGGCAUUUUGUUUGUGAACUGUAUUCAGCUGGUCUAGACAACUAUGGCAGCGAGGCUCUUCUUUCCGUGCGAGAAAAACAGUCAGUUGGACCCAGUCUUCUUGUGAUUGUUGGCCAACGGCUUGCGCACACAUUAAGCGAAUCAGAGUCAWCGAAGAGCGUCAAUCAGCUGUCAAGAUUACCAACCCACAUCAGUCGAUGGAUCAAGCAUCAGGAGCCUUCCAAGCUCAGCUGCCGAAGUGUUCCUCUUCUACAAACCAAUGAACUUCUUAGCAUCGUCCUAACAUUACUUCCCAAUGACUCAUCAGAUUUUACCCUCGCGUCGAAUUUAUCAGAAGCCUUCAAGUCACUACUACAUUAAAAAUCGACCGCGCUGAACAAACUGAUAUUCUGACUUUACUUGAAAGCGUAACAGUAAUUAAAGUUCAUUAUAGCAGUAGUCUUUAGUCCUAACCCUUUUUUACUGCGUCUCAUGGCCAUUAAUCAAUACAGAAUGCAAUUCUAGAUUAUAUUCUAAGUUUUGGUAUAGUUUUACUUUGUAAAUAUAUAGAUAAAACCAGAGCAAAUGAUUUAAAGCUGUAUUGAAAUUACACCUAAAAAUAAUUAUAGUAAAUAUUAAUACAUAUUAAUUCACAUUC